AUGAGAGCCUCUGCAAUUGUGUGGGACGCCAUUGGCAAGAAAAUCAACUCCAUAGCGGUCAUUGGUGCUGGACCCGUGGGUGCUGGGCUUACGAAGGCUCUUCUACACGAAAAACGCUUUCAGCACAUCAAAGUGUUCGAAAAAAGAAGCAGUUUUGGUGGUGUGUGGAACUAUACCAAACCCAUGUUGAAGACCAAAAAUAUCACGUCGUGCCCAGAAAUUCCGUGUGAAAGACCUCACGCACGCAAUCAGGCGCAUCUGCAUCAUCAACACGGCCCGGUUUUCCAGACUCCCGUUUACAAGUACUUGGACACCAAUGUGCCUAAAUAUCUAAUGGAAUACGACAACGAGCCGUUUCCGUCAAACGCGCCGUUGUUCCCGCUGCGAAACCAAGUGUGGGACUACGUGGUCAAGUACUCAAAAGAUAUCGAAAAUCUGGUGCAGUUCAAUCGCGAAGUGGUCAAACUGCGCUACAAUGACUCAACUCAGACAUAUGCCGUUUCAACGACAGAUUUGCUCACGGGUCACUCCCAAACGGAACAGUUUGACGCAGUAGCCAUUGCCACAGGGUUCUACGAUCUGCCGUUCGUGCCCAAUCGUCCCGGCCUCAAAGAGUGGCAUCAAGAAUUUCCGAGCUCGGUCAUGCACGCCAAGGACUUUGACUGCCCCGAGGAUUUUGAAAACAUCGACGGUGCCAUUGUUAUCGUUGGCAACAGCGCCUCGGGCUCGGAUCUGGCGUUCGAACUAGCGACACACUUAAAAAGGCCUAUCUACAAGUCCAAGAGAUCAGAAUCUGCACUACCAUCUGGGUAUGACUCUCACAUCUGCGAAGUGCCCGACAUCUCAAGUUUUGACAGACAAAACAAACGCAUUGAGUUGGUAAACGGUACCACAAUCGAGAAUGUCGAAAAAGUAAUUUACUGUACAGGCUAUUUGAAAUCGCUGCCGUUUCUGCCGAAACCUUCGGAGGUAGAGUCUCAUGGAGACUCUAUCUUAAGUGGACUUAUAACAGAUGGAACCCGUUUACACAAUCUGUACAAUCAUAUCGUACCGUACCAUUUGCCCACAAUGGGCAUCCUAGGCUUGCCCAAAUAUGUGCUUCCCACACGUCUGAGCGAGACUCAGGGAGCGUGGCUUGCGAGAGUAUGGAGUGGACGCAUUGAGCUGCCGUCCCUAGAGGUGAUGAAAUACUACGACAACUGGUUUGUCGAGAACAAUGGCAAUAACGGGAAAUACCAUGAUUUGAAUUUUCCCAUGGACGUCCAGUACUCUCAAAGACUCAACAGUGAAAUUCGUCGCGCUGGCAAUGGUGGUUACUUCGGGGUCGAGUGGACGGGCGACCAGAUAAAGCUCAGAAGCUCUAUAAAGCCUUUGAAGGAAGGGUAUCUUGCAUAUUUCAAAGAGACGGGCACGAGAGCGAUGACCGUGAAAGAGUUAAUUGAAAAGGGAUAUUUUGAGUGGCCUCACGACGCAUUGACCACAGUGCAGGUUCCUCAAAUAGUUCCUUAG